GGCUGCGCGGCGCGUCCCUCCCGCCUCGCUCCUCCCCGCGGGCGGCGCGGCUCCCGCCGCAGCGCCUCCCCUCGCCAGGAGGGAGCCGGAGGGGCUCUGCCAGCCCGCCGCAGACCUGCCCGGCUGCGCGCCGCGUCCUGUGCGCCCCAGUAGCCGCGGGUGCCCCGCCGAAGGUGGCCAGGAGAUCCCGGGACGCGCGGCUCCCCGCACCCCCCGGCGACCCCGCGUCCUGGUCCGCCGGCAUGGCUGUGCUCCUAGCGGCGGUGCUCGCGUCCUCGCUCUACCUGCAGGUGGCCGCCGACUUCGACGGGAGGUGGCCCAGGCAAAUAGUAUCUUCAAUUGGCCUAUGUCGUUAUGGAAGCAGAAUUGACUGCUGCUGGGGCUGGGCUCGCCAGUCCUGGGGACAGUGUCAACCUGUGUGUCAACCACAGUGCAAACACGGAGAGUGCGUCGGGCCAAACAAGUGCAAAUGUCACCCUGGAUUUGCUGGGAAAACCUGCAACCAAGAUUUAAACGAGUGUGGCCUGAAGCCGAGGCCGUGUAAGCACAGGUGCAUGAACACUUUCGGCAGCUACAAGUGCUACUGUCUCAACGGAUACAUGCUGAUGCCAGACGGGUCCUGCUCAAGUGCCCUAUCAUGUUCCAUGGCAAACUGUCAGUAUGGCUGUGAUGUGGUCAAAGGACAAGUCCGAUGCCAGUGUCCGUCCCCUGGCCUGCAGCUAGCUCCUGAUGGGAGGACCUGUGUGGAUAUUGAUGAAUGUGCGACUGGGAGAGUCUCCUGCCCUCGAUUUAGGCAGUGCGUCAACACGUUUGGGAGCUACAUCUGCAGGUGUCAUACUGGUUUCGACCUCAUGUACAUUGGAGGCAAAUAUCAAUGUCAUGACAUCGACGAGUGCUCCCUUGGACAGCACCAGUGCAGCAGCUAUGCUCGAUGUUACAACAUAUAUGGGUCUUACAAGUGCCAGUGUAAAGAUGGAUACGAGGGGGAUGGACUGAACUGUGUGUAUAUCCCCAAAGUCAUGAUUGAACCUUCAGGUCCAAUUCAUAUGCCAGAGAGAAAUGGUACAAACCUAAAGGGUGAUGGAGGGCAUGCUAAUAGGAUUCCUGAUGCUGGAAGUACAAGGUGGCCCCUGAAGACGCCAUAUAUUCCUCCUGUCCUUACCAAUAGGCCUACUUCCAAGCCAACAACAAGACCUACACCAAACCCAACACCACAGCCUACUCCACCACCCCCACCACCCCUCCCAACAGAGCCCAGAACAACUCCACUACCACCAACCCCAGAAAGGCCAACCACCAAACCCACCACUUUAGCACCUGCUACCAGUACUGCUACACGAGUAAUUACGGUUGACAACAGGAUACAGACGGAUCCUCAGAAACCCAGAGGAGAUGUGUUCAUUCCACGGCAGCCUUCAAAUGACCUGUUUGAAAUAUUUGAAAUUGAAAGAGGAGUCAGCGCAGACGAGGAAGCAAAGGAUGACCCAGGUAUUCUUAUACACAGCUGCAAUUUUGACCAUGGACUUUGUGGAUGGAUCAGAGAAAAAGAUAGCGACUUGCACUGGGAGCCAGCCAGGGACUCAGCAGGUGGACAGUAUCUCACAGUGUCUGCAGCCAAAGCCCCAGGGGGAAAAGCCGCUCGCUUGGUGUUACCUCUUGGCCACCUCAUGCAUUCAGGGGACCUGUGCCUGUCCUUUAGGCACAAGGUGACUGGGCUGCAUUCGGGCACACUGCAGGUGUUUGUGAGAAAACAUGGUACCCACGGAGCAGCCCUGUGGGGAAGAAAUGGUGGCCAUGGCUGGAGGCAAACUCAAAUUACCUUGCGAGGGGCUGACGUCAAAAGCGUCAUCUUCAAAGGUGAAAAAAGGCGUGGUCACACGGGGGAGAUUGGAUUGGAUGAUGUGAGCUUGAAAAGAGGUCACUGCUGAGAAGAACACUGGCAGCUCCCCAGCUAGCAGUGAAUUUGUCGCUCUCCCUCGUUUUCCAAUGCUUGCCUUCUCAUCUCCCUCUUAUCAGGCCUAAAGCAGGAGUGGGUCAGGAGAAGGCUUCUUGGUGACUCAGGUCUUGGUGGCCUGUUUUUGUGCAAUCCCAGUGAACAGUGACACUCUCAAGUACAGGAGCAUCUGGAGACACCUCCGGGCCCCUCUGGGGUGGAACCUUCUACCUGUAUCUUCUUUAGGAAGGCCUUUGGCAUGUGUGACCCGUGCCAUCCUUCAUCCUGGUUAUAGAGUGGGCCUGCUAGCCAAUUUUGGGAGAUGUUUUCAUUCUGUGCAAAUGGUAUUCUGUGAUCUGUCCAGUGGUGUACCUUGAGUAGUAUUGACUUUGCUUACAGGAUGAUGUACAGCGUGCUUGUGAAACUAGUGUAUCCUUUUCACUUCAGUUACUUCUGGCCUGACCUCAACUCUGACUUUACUGCCAUACACUUUAUAACGGAAGGGUGUGCAACAUAUUAAGAUGCAUUUAUUCUUGUUAACUGUGUCUUUCUGUUAAAGACAGUUAUAUAGGGUGGGCAUGGAAUUUCUCGUUAGUAGUACUGUGAUUGUGUAAAUGUGCUAUUAAUAUAAGUAUUUACGUGUUCCUAAUAUCCACAGACUCUAGUUGCAAGGUCAAAGGCAGCUUAUGAUCCCCUGAGUUAAAAAAUUACAUGAUGACCUAUCAUCCAUGCUAUGUAUGACCUUAAACAGUCAGCAAGAAAACUGGCAGAGGUGUGUCCCUUGGGGUAGUGGAAUGAUGGCUUUAUUUCUAUGUCCUUGAGUUUGACCCAUACAGAAGAAAGUAAACCAUUAAAGGGAAGAGAGGAUAGGCAGUUAAUAUAUAAAACCCCCAUUUCCAGUUAAACUCUAAACCAACAGCUUUCACUAUUGUUACACACCUCCAUCGGUAAGAAGCCUUGUAAAGAUUUUGGGUGUGCAGAGUGGAAGACUAGAGGACAGCCCAUAAGACAGGCAUUUAUAAUGAGCUUUAAAUUGGCAAGGUUUUCACGAGCAUAGCUCACAAUUUACAUGUCACCUGAGGAUGGGCUGGGAAGCAGGCCUGUGUACCGAGGCGACGCUCACCAUGAUGGAACGACACCCGUGCAGUAGAGGAGGACAAGAUUGGAAUUGUAAUAUCCACAGAGCCCCAACCGCGUCUCCUCCCUGUCCGACCUCUGGAUUAAAGACACAUAACUUUAAAGAGUCAACUUUCUCCUUACAUUUCUCUCCCUUCUGAUUAAGUAAUCAAAAUAUUUUCUGCUGUUUUUGCCAGGAGACACAAAGAUGAUUAAAGGGUUGGAAAAAGAGAUCUAUGGUGAAAAACUAAAGGAACUGGGAAUGUUCCGCCUGGAGAAGAGAAGACUGAGGGGCAGACCGUGGGGGCUCUUCCAGGCCGCGAAGGGUUGGCACCAAGAACUUGGAGAACACCUGUUCUCCAUGUGUACUGAGAAUAGGACCAGAGGAAACAGGCUUAGGCUAGAGUGUGAGGGGGCGUUUCCUAGCAGGGACAGUUGCUAAGCCCAGUCCUUUAUGAAAAAGAAGUGUGAUCAUAUUUAUAUUCUCUCUCUCUCUCUCCCUCUUCCUCCUCCCUCCUUUUACUUCUACCUUCAUCUCUCUCCCUCUUUCUGUUCUGUCCUCCUUCUAUCUUCUCUCUCCUUUCCCUCCAUUAAAA